CUCGGCCUCACGGAGCACGCGUGCUCAGUCGCAUUCUAUUGGCGACUUCCCGCGCUCCACCGUGCUCUGAUUGGUGGAGCCGCACCACGUUCUCGGCCCGGAGCUUGGCCUAGGCUCCUGAAGAUCUGCACCCUUCUGGAGGUGGUGUAGGGCUCGGGUUGUUUGGCGACCAGACCCCGGAACUCUGCCAGGGCUGGCAAGACAGCCUUGACUUAAAUGCGCUUCAGUCCAGGGCCUGGCGCAGCUCUCGUCGCUCUUGAUUCCGUCGUACCCCUCUCCGCGACCUCGGUAGGGCAUGUUUUCCAGGGCCCAGGUGAGGCGGGUACUGCAGCAGGUGCCGGGGAAGCAGCGACUCGGCGUCUACAGGUUUCUGCCCUUCUUUUUUGUCCUGGGAGGAAUGAUGGAGUGGAUCAUGAUUAAAGUACGCGUGGGCCAGGAGACCUUCUAUGAUGUCUACCGUAGAAAAGCGUCAGAAAGACAAUAUCAGAGAAGGCUGGAAGAUGCAUCAGAGAUUGAACUUCAGCAGUCAACAAAGUGAAUAUGAAAUUUUACUACUGAUUUCAACUCCUUUAAAAAUGUACCUUUCAGAUAUCUUACACAGCCUUUACAAAAAAUUUUUAGUUUUCCUGUCUCUGCUUGAGUACUUCCCAAGUCACUGUGGAACAGCACAUGUGGGAAAAUUAUUUACUCCUAACACACCUACCCAUUGAAAGUAUUUCAUGAAAUAUUUCCCAAACAAGUCAAGGAUCACAGUGCUUUUCAAGUGCAGUCUGAAUUGUUUGUGAUUUCCUUUGUUUUAGGCAACAAAUGAUAACUUUAUUUACUUUUUUGCGGAAUUCAUAUUUAAUCAUGGACAUAAAAAUAAGAUUUAAGUAAAAGUUUUGUUUGAUACAAGA